UUCCGACCCGGAAUGUAAAAACGUGUUUGCUAAACUAAAGUGAGUAAAAUCUGUCACCACUCUGUAUUAAAGUGGUAUUUUUGUCACUUUACAUUGUAGUUUCGCUGUGACGACUUCAACGUUGUAACCUUCCGGAUCAUGCUUCAACCUGAUUGGCUGUUUUGACAGGCGCGUGCAAAAAAUGAGCUCUGAGGUUUGCCCAUUCUGCGGGAAAACCUACAAAAGGUUGAAGAGUCAUCUGCCGCAUUGUAAGGCAGCAGCGAGCUCCAAAACACCCCAAACCAAACAUGAUGUCAACGCCAAUCAGACGACAUCAUCCUCCCACGUGGCCACAGCUCUGUCCGAAUCAACAGCAAAGUCAACAACCGAAAGUCCAAAAUCAAAGAGGAGUAAAAAGACGUCUGUGGUGUCAACGUCAGCAGAAACACAGUCAGCGAGUUCUGCAUCAUUUCCACCAUCAACUAAGAAGAAGAAACAGAAGCUGUCUGAACAAACUAACACGCCCUCCUCCACCUGUCCCGCCUCCCCGUCUCUAUCUCCGUCUCCCACCGUCUCCAAGCCCAAAAAGCAAAGUCUCCGUGCUUUAAUAGAAGCUGCAAAGUCCAAAGAGGUUUCCCAGGGAUCGCUUGAGGGAACCACAAAGGACCAAACUCCAUAUGUGGCGGACACUUUAAGCACCAGAACCACAGCCGAGACCAAAACUAAUCCAGAAAAAGACUCAAUAGAAGACAACGCCCAUCCUGCGUUUCUGUCCACAGACACCAAACCCAAAACGAAGGCGUCAAAGACAAAGAAAGCUGCACAAUCCCUUCAUACGACGAAAUCUAGCUCCCUGGACUCUGAAGUCAAAGAAAAAAACAAAAGAUCCCGUGUGGGAGACGACUUAUGGCUGGACAGCGAGGGGGAAGUUGACGAUUUAACUGUGAAAAAGAUGCCGUCGAAUUCAAGACGGGUUACUCUCCAGGACGUUAAAGCCGCUUUAGGCCGAGUUAAAACCACCCAAAAAUACAGCAAGCAGAGCAUCUUGAGGCAGAUUGAAACUACUGAUGAUCUAAGCAGCAAAAUCAAACCUGGUACCAGUCUCAGUCCAGUCCCACCCCCAACAGGGAGCUUGAAAAAACCUAAAACUCUUCCAGACCAGCUGACCUGCACCAGUCCACAACCAAAGGAGCUUCAGUUAGUGAAGAGAGAGUCCAAACAAGCAUCUUUAGUCGCUUUAAAACAGCUCGACCUAACCUCCCCUGCAGCUCCCCUCCUUUCUGGCCAUGCAUCGUCUCAGGUGAGCAAAGCCACGCCCCCUCCAGGUACAGUCGGCCUGAAUGAGGCGCUGAAGGUGACCGGACUCCUCACUUUAUCGCCGCCGCUCACAAACUUUUCCAGCCCUCUGCCGGCGGCGAGGGCGGAGACGCUGAGAGCCGAUGAUGGAUGGAAGUCGCAGAUCGAAGUGAAGACACCAAACACGGCUGAUGAAGGAACUAAAGGCGCUCUGACGCAGCGGCGUCUCGGACAGGUGAGACUGAGGGAGUUACCCGAGUGGCUGGCCUGCAAAACCCCGAGCCAUCCGAGAGAAGUCGUAGAAAUGGUGCAAAGAGGCUGGCAGUGGUACUACAGGAGGUACAUCGACGUGAAGAAAGGAGGUGUCGGUGGAGUGGGCAUGCUGUUAGCGGGAUACUGUGUGCUCAGCUACAUCUGGAGAUACCCUCAUUUAAAGCAAGAUCGAUGGAGGAAGUACCACUAACGUGAAGACGCUCCAGCAGGCGUGAUUCUGUAUGUGGUAACAGCAGCCUGAGGCAUCUGUUCUGUUAAUAAUAAUAAUAAUAAUAAUAAUAAUAAUGCACAACUCAUCCAAACACUGACGCGGUAUUUAUGUCUGAUAAGUUGAUACUGUUUUUUUGUCAUCGUGGUAGCUCUCCCCGUCAGCCCGAGAAACUACAACCUGCAGCCGAUUAGCUUAGCUUAGCAUAAAGACUGGAAGCAGGGGGAAACAGCUAGCGUGGCUCAGUCCAAAAUCCACCAACCAGCACACUUUAAAGCACCGAAUAUUUGUUUGUUUAUCACAGAAACUGAGGUUAACAAAAAAGACGAUUUGCCUUUUUAAGGCUAAAAAGUUCAUUCAAAUUUAACUAAAAUUGCAGUGUGACCGCCUCAACUUUUCAAAUCGCAGGAGGCUCAGCAUUUGUCAAAGAUGAAAUAUGUGUCAAAAUACCAUUUUAAAUUAGACGUCUCUGUCUAAACAUGAUAUACUUCAGACUUAAGAACACAUCUUUAAUUUGGUACAGAUCCGCACAACAAUCCCGCUUUAAUCGUUUUAAUGUUUUUCAAUGAAAAUUAGAAUAAUGAUGUAAAAAUGAUCAUGUUCUCUUAAAUCCAAAACCACACUGAUAUUGCAAUAACAGUCAUAAUAAACGCCUUUAGAUAUCGAGACGCAGCGUCCCUCCCCGUCCGCUAGACGAUCAUGGGACCUUAUUUCAGAAAAAAAUGGUGAAGGUAGUCAACAGCGAGUGACAAAUAAAUGU